CAAUCCUUUCACCCAUCUCCUCGAGCACAGUUAUAACUUUCAAAAAAUUCAAAAUGAAAUUCAUCAUCGCACUCGCUUUCUUGGCAGUGGCUUUGGCCACACCCCAGCGUCGCCCUCAACCCCAAGGGCUUUCCGUUGUUAAACCUCCGGCCGGAUUCAAAGCUUCGCUGGGCAAUCCCAUCCUGAUUGUUUCAUCCAACAGCGAAAUGAACGCCGAUGGCAGCUACUCUUUCGAUUUCGAAUCCGCCGAUGGCACCAAAGUUGAGGAAAGCGGAAACCAAAAGAAAGUUGGACCUAAACCCGAGGAUAUCGGCACCGUUUCCAGGGGCUCUUACUCUUACACUUCUCCGGACGGUGUUAUCAUCAGCGUCAACUGGACCGCCGAUGAAAAUGGAUUCCAGGCCACCGGCGAUCAUCUGCCCACUCCUCCUCCGAUGCCCGAACACGUCGUCAAGAUGCUCGCAGACUUGAAGGCUGCCGGUGUUCUGUAAACGUGCCUAUUUAUAGCAUGUUGAAUACCACUUUGUUACCUUAUUCCACUUGGCAAAAUCCAAUUAAAUGUUUACGGCUUUGUAUCUUCAUAUUUUUUUGUAUCGGCUGACUGUAAAUAAUAAAUGCUUUUCAAGUAAAAAAAAA